AUGCUGGAAGCACCGCCCGGAAGUCGCGAGGACCUCGUAGAGGCGGCAAGAACACCGUGCACACCCACAGAUCUGGACACGAUGUUAUAUGGAUACACGAACAACAUAUACGUGCUGGACCACACUCCUGAAUCCCUGCCGGAUAUGGACAUGCUGCAACUGUUCGCCUCACCGGCGGGUCGAGCACUGCUCACCACUGACAAUCGACGGAGAGGAUCGACGUCGACCUCCUCCUUGUCUCGAGAGUCCUCUUCGAGGCUGAAGAGAGGCAGAAGACCAUCGGGUACAGUCAGUGCGCCGACCACACCGCCGAGGCAACGCAAAUCGAGCGCGGAACUGUACAAAGAAGCCGUCGAGAUCCUUGGACUCACCUGUUCGUUGACUGAUAGCUGCCGAUGCAUCGAUUGCCAGAGUAAUUACUUCGACUGCGACGACGAUUUCGGUGACGCGAGAACGGAAUUGGCUGCGGGGACUCCCAUUCUACUGGACCACGCUUUGUCGCAUCCGCUGACGUGUUCCAUACAGUAGCAGCCGAAUAGCUCGUUUCGAAAUCGACCUUGCGCUAGUCUGGUCCAGCUCCUGGCGAACCGGAAAUCAUCGAGGUGUCGAGGAUCCAUCGGAACCGCUGAAUUU